AUGUUAAACUAUGGGGAAGCCCAAAGGAAGAAGGUCAGCUACUCUGAAGGGGUGGAGUCAGGGGAGCCCAGGAGAUCCAGGAGGUUGUCAGCUAAACCUGCAGUGGAAAUGAAGCCAGAAGGGCAGGAAACCAUAAAUGUUCAGACGAAAAAAGUGCACCAAGGGGAAAGGGGAGCAAAGGGAGUAGUUCACCAGGAAACUAAAGACGGUUUUCCCGUAGAAAACAGAGAAACUAAGAAUGAAGAGAGUCCAGCCUCUGAAGAAGCAGGAGAGAAAGAGGCUAAGUUUGAUUAA